UAUAAGAAACAGUUUUACAAAAUUUACCAUGGACAAACAUAAUAGCUAGAUUUUGAAAAAAACUACCUAAAAAUAUGUGUUACAAAUAAAAUAAUAACGGACUUUGAUAUACCAUUACAAUAAAACCUUAUCAUCAAUGUUAUUAAAAAGCUAUUAGUCUCAAAUGAUAUCAUAAAUAGGGUAUAUGAAAAAUAGUAUAAGUUUUUUAGUUGUUUUUAUAUUAGUCGUUUAAUAACAUAGUGAAAGUCAAAAUUAUAUUAAGAAUCACGAUGUGAAGUGUGUUUUGUUGUUCUUAUGAACAGAUUUUGAAUUUACGUGCAUUCAAUUAGAUUGUCAUUUAUAGUAGUGACUUUAUAGUGGACCGUGAACUUAUUCAAAAAAAGUUAUCAAGACGGACUUACUACAGAAGAUCUUUGUGUCCCGCUAGCUUCUGAUGAGUCUGAAAGUGUAGCCAAUGACCUAGAACGGGCAUGGAAUAACGUAAAAGUAAAACCUAAUUUAAUGAAAGCUAUCAUUCAGAUAUUUUGGUUCAAAUAUCUGUGCAUCGUUAUUUUGGUACUAUUCGAGCAAGUAAUGUUACGCAAUUUACAACCAUAUAUUAUGGACUGGAUCAUUGAAUAUUUCGAAAUAGAAACUGCAGAUAAAACCACACAAAAUGAUGUUUUAAUUUACGCAACUGCUCUUAUUGUUACAAUAAUUGCAAUUAGUUUCAUUGUUCAUCACAUCAAUUGUCUCAGUCAGAUACUGGGAAUUGAAAUUAGAGUAGCAUGUUGUUCGUUGAUUUAUAAAAAAAUUUUAAAGCUCAACAAAUCGGGAUUUAGAAAAACGACAGUUGAUCCAAUAGUAAAUCUUUUGAACGACGAUAUUUACACUUUUGAUUUGUUGCCAUCAAGUCUCAAUUUUCUAUGGAUAACUCCUAUCCAGAUUGUUAUUAUUUUUUCUAUUGUAUGGCAAAGUAUUGGUAUGUAUACUAUAGUAGGGUUUGGAACUCUUCUGACUAUUGUUAUUCCUACGCAAAGCUGCAUUGAAAUGUUGGACAAAACAAUAAGAAACACUAUUACUAAAUUAACUGAUAAACGUAAUCAAAUUAUGAAGGAAAUAGCGGUUGGAAUUAAAAUAAUUAAAAUGUAUGUAUUGGAAAAAUAUUUUGAUAAAAUUAUGUCUGAAAUAAGAUUGGAAGAAGUGAAACAAUUACAACGUUCAUUGUAUAUUCGAGUACUUUAUUCAUGUUUACCAGGCUUUGUCCAUAAAAUAAUGGUUUUUAUGACGCUUGUUAUUUAUAGUUUAGAUGGCAAUAUGUUUCAAUCCAAAGUAACAUAUAAUAUUUCCGUUUAUUAUCAUAUUAUUCAGUUACUCACGGUAAUAUAUUUGCCGCUGUCGAUAUACCAUGUAAUGGAAAUCAACACUAUGGUUAAAAAAAUUCAAAAUUUUCUUCUGCUUGAUGAAAUUUGUGAAAUUUCAAACAAUUUAAAGAAAUCUGUGAAUGAAACCAAUCUCAAUUGUGCUAGUCAAAAUGAAACAACUAAUGCAGUGAGGGUUGAGUUGAAUAACGUAUCAGCUAGUUGGAAGGUUGAUCAGUUACCUCAAACAUUAAGUGGCGUAACGUUGAAGAUCAAUAGUGGAGAUUUGUGUGCUUUGAUUGGUCCUGCCAACUCUGGAAAAUCUUCACUGUUAAAUCUACUGUUGCAAGAAAUACCAAUCAGCGCUGGAACAGUUGGGCUCUUUCAGUUCAAAAAUGAAAACUCGACUGACUUUGACUCCAAGCCUAAAUUUAUACAAGACAACCCUGACAUGACUAUCUCAUAUGCGAGUCAAGAUCCGUGGCUCUUUUCAGGGACAGUUAGAGAAAACAUUAUCUUUGGACUUGAUUAUGAUUCAAUGCGAUAUAGACAGGUGACAAGAGUAUGUUCACUUUUGAGAGACUUUAACCAAUUACCCAAUGGUGACAUGACAAUUAUUGGAGAUCAUGGAGAACCACUUUCAGGUGGUCAGAAAGCAAAAGUUAAUUUAGCGAGAGCUAUUUAUAGGCAAGCUGAUUUGUAUCUUUUGGAUGAUCCUCUAAGUGCGAUCGAUGCAAGUGUCGCGCGACUUAUUUUCAAGGAAUGUAUUCUCAAGUUUCUCCAAGGAAAAACACGAAUCCUUGUUACUAAUCAACUUUACUGUCUCAAAGAAGCUCACACUAUUGCAUUAUUUGAACGGGGAUUUAUAAAGAUUCAAGGUGAUUUUGAUGCUCUAACAAUGACAAGUUUUGAAUUUAAUGAAAUGUUAAAUACAAUUCGACAAAACGAGGUACAAGAUUAUACUCAAAUAUUUACAAAUGAUAUAAGUGAAGAAAAUGAAAUUAAUAAUGGUAAAAAAUCAACUUUUGUUCAAUCUCGAUAUAGUUGUCAGUUUAUACCACGUGAAGAAUUAGUAGAAAUGAAAAUUCAUAACAAUGUCAAUAACAGAAUAAUAAAAAAGAGUGAUAGCUAUAAUUUGAAAAAAAUCAACCGACGCUACUCAAACUCAUGUAAAAAAAUUACAAUUUUUAUUUUACUGUUGGUUUUAUAUAUUUUAUUACAAUUAACGACUAUUGUUGUCGACCAAUGGAUGUCUUACUGGACAACUGUAGAGACAAUUAGAACUUGCAUUCAAGCUCCUAAAGACAUAUGCAUUGGCUAUGAAAAUCAAUUAAACUCAAUGGUUGAUAUUAAUGUAAUAAAAUCACUUCUGAAUGAUCACAAAUUAUUAUCAGCGAACUUUGCAAUAUAUAUUUACACAGUAUUUAUUAUGGGUCUUAUUGGAUUACUUUUUUUAAUAGUUUAUUUAACAAUAAAUAUUUUUAUAAGCACUGGACAAAAACUAUAUUUUUUGAUAUUUUCUAAUUUACUCCAAGCCAGAAUGCAUUUUUUUAAUUCGCAUUUGUCAGAUAAAAUUUCAACUACUUUAUUGAAAGAUAUUAAAAUUAUGGAUGAUUUAUUCAUACCAACAGCUAUACAAAUUAUGAUUAUAAUUGUUCAAACUAUCGCAAUUAUAAUAAAUAUUAUUACUGUUAUUCCUUGGAUAAUGAUACUAGUUAUAAUACUAGGACCAAUUUUGUAUUAUCUCACGUUACAGUUUUUGAAAACAAUGCAAAAUGUAAAGCAAUUAGAAAAUAUUACAAAAACACCGGUUGCUUUGUAUACCAGUGCAACAUUAAAUGGCUUAACGACUAUCAGGAGUCACAAUAAAGACAGACUGUUACUGUUACGAAAAAAUUUUAAUCAUUAUCAGGAAAUCAAUUCUGGAGCGCGAUAUUUACUAGUAUCUAUGAUGUCAGCUUAUAGCCUCGUAAUCGAGUUGAUUUUUUGUAUUUUCGUCAGUGUUGCUUACUUUCUCCUAAUUAUUAUGCAUCAGGAAAAAACUUUUAAUGAGUCCGUUGGUUUCGCUAUAUCUCAAUCGUUGAUUUUGUUUAGUAUACUCCAGAAUAGUGUCAAACAAAUCAUUGAAGUACCGUGUUACUUGAAAUCAAUCAGCAGAAUUUUUCAGUAUGUUGAUGUUCCUAAAGAAGGACCAAUUGAGUCAUCGAAUCCACCACCAACCAAUUGGCCGUCAAGUGGACAAAUUAGAUGGGAAAAUAUUUCCAUAAACUACAUAAAAAAUGGUUUACCAGUUUUCAAAAAUAUAGAUCUAAUGAUAGAACCAUGUUGGAAAGUGGGAGUUGUUGAAAGAGCUGGAACUGAAAAAUCUUCGUUAAUAUCAACGCUCUUUCGUCUGGUUGAUAAUGAUUUACAUGGAGAUAUAAUAAUUGACGGUUUGGAUACAAAGAGCAUUGGCCUUCAGGAUUUACGAUCUAAUAUAUCGAUUAUUCCAAAAGACCCUUAUCUAUUUACUGGGACAUUACGAUAUAAUCUUGACCCUUUUCAGGAGUAUACAGAUAAAGCUAUGUGGGGGGUAUUGGGAGAAGUUGAACUAAAUGAUAUGACACUCGAUCAAUGGAUUUCUGAAGGUGGUACCAACUUCAGUAGUAGUGAACGCAAACUUAUUUGUUUUGCCCGAGCUUUGCUACGGAGUAAUCGGAUCCUUGUCCUCGACCACAUCACUAAUGAUCUCGAUUUAAAUACAAAAGUAAUAAUCCAAAGAGUCAUACAAUCAUAUUUUAAAUAUUGUACGAUAAUCACUAUAACGGAUCAUUUGGACUCAAUAAUAAACAGUGAUAUUAUUCUUGUUAUGGACAAUGGAUGUUUGGUGGAAUUCGGAAGUCCAUAUGAAUUAUUAAUUAUAAAAAACAAAAGUAUUUUUGGUCAAAUGAUUAAAAAAUAUGAUGAAGUGGUCAUUGAAAAAAUAUUUCAAGAAGUUAUAAAAUAUCACUAUCAACAAAGACGUUACAAUUUGAGAAAAAAUAAUUUAUCAAGACUAAAUAAUGUUUAACUUUUUUUUUUAUAGGAAUUUUUUUUGUCGCAUUGAAGCAAUUAAAUUUAAUUAUUAAUUACAAAUCUUUGGUACAUUAUUUAAAAC